AUGACUCGGUCCGUGUGCGUGUCCGUGUCGUCGCUCGGUCCGUGUUACUGCGGUUUUACCGGUGUCACCGUUCUGGCCAUGCUGCCUGGCAAACGGCACCUACCCCAUCAGAGAGCUCCCACAGCAAACACGCAGGUGCACAACCCAAGCCACGUCAAACCACACCGUCCUCGUACGCUCACGCUCCUUGUCAGCUUGAAGAAGUACUUCUCCCCCAGAGAGAAGGGAUGCAUUCCGGGCGGGAGGGGGGUGGGCGACGACACAGAUGCGUUGCAGGAACUUCAUGCUCAUUUGAAUGGCUGCAUCAGUUCUGCCACUAUGAAGAAACUUAUGGCCCAGAAGCCGUACCUUCAGAUCCAAAAUGGGAUGACUAUGAUUGACAAAGGAAAGAAAAGAACCUUAGAUGAAUGUUUUCAGAUGUUUCAGAUCAUCUAUCAGAUUACCACUAGGACUGAAGAUAUUUUACUGAUAACGAAAGAUGUUAUUAAAGAAUUUGCUGAUGAUGGUGUCAAGUAUCUGGAAUUGAGGAGCACUCCUAGAGAAGAAAAGUCCACAGGUAUGACCAAAAGGAUGUAUGUUGAAACUGUACUUGAGGGUAUAAAGCAGUGUAAAGAAGAAGGCUUGGAUAUAGAUGUAAGAUUGUUAAUAGCAAUAAAUAGAGGAGGUGGCCCAGUAGUUGCAAAGCAGACUGUUAAACUUGCUGAAGAGUUCCUUCUUUCCACGGAUGGGGUUGUAGUAGGACUUGACCUCAGUGGUGAUCCCACGAUUCCAAAUCAAGAAGAGGAGACCAAAAUUCUCCUGGGCCUGCCUCCUGACAGAAUUGGACAUGGAACGUUUCUCAACUCUGCAACAGCAGGUUCAGAAGAGUUAGUGCCACUUGUUCGACAGAAUCACAUACCUAUUGAACUUUGCAUGACCUCAAACAUCAAAACUCAGACAGUGCCCUCCUGUGACAAGCACCAUUUUGCAUACUGGUACAACAUGGGCCACCCUGCAGUACUUUGUACUGAUGAUAAAGGCGUCUUUGCCACAGAUCUAUCGCAAGAAUACGAGCUGGUUGCAAAAACAUUUAAUCUGACUCGGUCACAGAUGUGGGAUCUUUCCUACGAAUCCAUCAACUACAUCUUUGCUUCAAGUGUGGUAAAAUCAAAGCUGAGGGAACAGUGGUGUAAACUGAAGCCAACUCUGUUUGGUUAAUCAAACUGUUGUUCUAAACAGC